GAAUCGCCACCCCCACUGCCCCUCUACCACAGAUCGGCGGUCCUCGAUGACCUCCGGCCUGUCAGUCUACACCGAGAAGCUGCCCGGGCUUCAUCAACUUCUUCGCGUCUCUCUCGCCGCAUUCUCCCGAAGAAGGAACGAGAGUGAGAGGGGGGACAGAGAAAAAGAGAAAAGGGGCCGCGAUAGUUUCAAGAGAACACGCCGCGUUAAAGGACGAAACAGCAGAGGUGCCGACAGUGGCGGGCUCAAUCAGUCCACCGUCAGGAUGGCGAGGUGGUUGCUGGUCGCUUCGUUGGCCAGCUUGCUGGUCCACCAAACGAGAAACGAAAUCCUGACGCCGCCGUAUUUCAAUCUAGCCGAGGGCAAGGAGAUUAUCGCGUCAGCCACGUGUGGCGUCGACACCCCCGGCCCGGAACUCUAUUGCAAGCUCGUCGGCGCGAACGCUGAUCAGCACGAGGACAUUAAUCUGAUACAGGGUCAGGUAUGCGAUUACUGCGAUGCGGACAACCCAGAGAAGAAGCAUCCACCGGAAUAUGCAGUCGAUGGAAUGGAAACCUGGUGGCAAUCACCGCCGCUUUCCAGAGGAAUGAAGUACAACGAAGUGAAUCUGACGAUCAAUUUUGAACAAGAAUUUCACGUGGCAUACGUGUACGUCAAAAUGGCAAAUUCGCCGAGACCCGGACUCUGGGUGCUUGAAAAAUCAACAGAUUACGGAAAGACCUAUACGCCUUGGCAAUACUUUUCCGAUACCGCUAACGAUUGUUUAACUUACUUCGGCGUGGACAGUUAUAAACCGAUCACCAGGGACGAUAGUGUCAUCUGUACCACGGAAUAUUCUCAAAUCGUGCCACUGGAGGGUGGCGAGAUACCGAUUUCGAUCCUGAAUAAUCGUCCAUCCGCGAAACAUUACUUCAAUUCCACCUUGUUGCAAGAAUGGACACGAGCGACGAAUGUUCGUUUUCGUUUCUUAAGAACAAAAAAUUUACUGGGGCAUUUGAUGUCUUUAGUGCGGGAGGAUCCGACCGUGACCAGAAGAUACUUUUACUCCAUCAAGGAUAUCAGUAUCGGAGGUCGGUGCAUGUGCAAUGGCCAUGCGGAUACUUGCGAUAUACUGGAUCCAAAAAUGCCGAAGAAACUCGUUUGCAGAUGCCAACAUAACACUUGUGGAGCGCAAUGUGCGACUUGCUGCAAAGGAUUUGAGCAGAAGAAGUGGCGGCAGUCCACGGCGUUUAAGAAGUUCACUUGCGAACCUUGCAAUUGUUUCGGCCAUUCGGAUGAGUGUGAAUACGACACGGAAGUGGACGAAAAACACCUGUCAUUGGAUAUUCACGGUAACUACGAGGGUGGCGGUGUGUGUAAAAACUGUCGGGACAACACCGAGGGAAUUAACUGCGAUCGUUGCAAACCGAUGUUCUACAGGCCGCGGAACAAACCUUUGAAUGCAACCGAUGUUUGUCAACCGUGUCAAUGUAACGGAUUUAAUCUGACUGGGAAUUGCGCGGAUGCCACCGGCAAAUGCGAAUGUCGAAAAGAAUACACUUCGCCUAAUUGCGACAGUUGCAGCUAUGGAUAUUAUGGUUAUCCAAAUUGUGUUCCUUGCCAGUGUUAUAGCAAUGGGACACACGGAGAUCAUUGCAAGGCUAUAGACGGAUCUUGUCCGUGCAAGUCGAAUUAUGCCGGUCAUUAUUGCAACCACUGCGAGCAGGGCUACUAUAAAUUCCCCGAAUGUUUACCCUGCGAAUGCAAUUCCUUGGGUUCCCUCAACGAUAACUGUGACGUAAUUUCUGGCAAUUGUACCUGCAAGAAUAAUUAUGGCGGAAGGACGUGCAACAUUUGCGAAGAUGGCUACUAUAAUUACCCUCUUUGUACAUUUUGUAAUUGUGACGCACGUGGAACCGAACCCGGAGUUUGCGAUAAAACGGAUGGUUGGUGUCUGUGUAAGAAAGGAUACGGCGGUCCCAGAUGUGAUCAGUGUAUCAAUGGGUAUUACGGGUUUCCAAAUUGCAGGCCUUGCAACUGUAGCUUAACAGGGUCGUCGUCUAUUAGCUGUGACGCCGUAGGAAAAUGUUCUUGUCUGGCUAAUUUCGCUGGACGAACCUGCGAUCAGUGCAGCCCUGGAUACUACAUGUAUCCAGAAUGUAUAGCCUGCAACUGUGACAGCCACGGUUCGAUUGGCGCGUCCUGCGACGCGGAGGGUAAAUGUCAGUGCCGGGAGAAUUUUGACGGCGGCAGGUGUAGCCAGUGUAAAGAAGGCUUUUAUAACUUCCCCACUUGCGAGGGUUGCAACUGUGAUCCAGCGGGCGUGGUGGAAACGUUCCAGGGAUGCGGCUCUUUGCCUGCCGGUGAACUUUGUCAAUGCAAGGAUCGCGUCGAGGGCAGGAUCUGUAACCAGUGUAAGCCGCUCUAUUGGAAUUUACAGCCUUACAAUCCUCAGGGCUGCGAAGAAUGUCAGUGUAAUAUACCGGGCGUCAUUGGAAAUAUCGGUGAGUGUGACACGAAGAAUGGCCAAUGUAUCUGUAAGCCUGGAGUGACCGACAGGAGUUGUAAUCAGUGCGUGGAUGGCACGUACAAUCUUCAAGAGAGCAAUUUCUUCGGCUGUACAGAUUGUGCUUGCGACAUUGGUGGUUCUGUAAAUUCGGUAUGCGAUAAACUAACUGGCCAAUGCCAGUGUCAGCCACGUGUCACUGGUCUUACUUGCAAGGAACCCUUAAAAGCCCACUAUUUCCCGACUCUUCAUCAAUUUCAAUACGAAGCAGAGGAUGGAAGAACACCCAGCAACAGCCCUGUCCGUUACGGUUUCACCGAAGAUCACUUCCCAGGAUACAGUUGGAAGGGAUACGCGGUGUUUUCUGCCCUUCAAGACGAGAUCAUUCUGCACGUCUUUAUUCAAAAGUCGUCCCUCUAUAGAAUGGCUUUGAAAUACGUGAAUCCGAAUAACGAGCCGAUCCUUGGGACAAUCACUAUCACCCCGGAAAAUCCACUGGAGGUAGAGCAACAGUUUAAGGUCAAUUUCAAGCCAACCGUAAAACCGUUGUUUGUGACCGUCGCAGGACCCCAAGGUAAUCUUCCUUCGGCUAUGGUUAUGAAUCCAGGCUACUGGUCCAUUAGUAUCGCCACCAAGAAUAGCCUUUUCCUCGAUUACUUCGUGCUGCUUCCAUCCGAAUAUUACGAAGCAACUAUUUUAACUCAAAACGUGAAUAUUCCUUGCGAGGUUGGUUACAAGGGACUCUGUAGACACUACGGUUACCCCAAUCUGACGAUAUUUGACUCUGUUCACGGUGCUGGCGGUUUCUUGAACGAAAACGACGUCAGAAUCCCCCUGACUGAAUAUUUUAUGGAUAGAGAUAUCCUGCGUGAAAUUGAUAAAGUGGAAGUUCCACUGAUCAACGAGAGGCAAGAAGAAAUACACUUUGACUUAAGGAUCUCGAAACCCGGCCUGCACGUCCUGUUGGUUACAUACGUGACACCGAAAGAUGAGAACGCCACGUCAACUCUUUUGAUAGAAGCGAAUACAGUUGGAAAGGGAAAGGCUACCCUGUAUCCUUGCAAGUACACCAGUGUUUGCAGACAGGUAGUGACCGACACCUAUGGCAGAGUAGCUACGAUGAAUUUCCCUUCCAACUAUAUCAGCUUGAUUUUAACCGGAGAUCCUACAUCGAACGUGGCCAUUGACUCCGUCGUUGCUAUUCCGUACAAUCGGUGGUCCUUGGAUUAUGUUAAACCAAAAUCUAUAUGCGUCAGAAAGAACGGAAAGUGCGUGAAAGGUCAGUUCCCCGGGGCAGCAGACGCGAAGAAAAUCGAAUUCGAAAGCAGCAGCACGAUUGCCGAAUCUGAGAAUAGACCAUUUGGAAUUUACGAUAAUAAUACUAAAUUAAUUUAUCUGGAUGAUAAGAAUACAAUGGUAGAUAUUCACGCGAAAGUUUUACAGCCUGGAGAUUACACUUUCGUCGUGCAAUACUAUCAACCGAACUAUCCGGAAUACGAGCUCGACGUGUUGGUGCAAAAUGGAAAAUUCUACGAGGCAAAGAUGUCUGUUCCCCACUGUCCCAGCAACAGUGGAUGCCGCAGCGUGGUGAAACAAGAAGACGGUAACAUCAGAUUCCAACUGAUCGAAAACUUUAUGAUCACUUUCAAAGAGAGCGAUAGCAAAGGCAUCUGGCUGGAUUAUAUCCUGGUUAUUCCAACGGAACAGUACAACGAAAAGAUCUUAAAGAAGAUCCAGUUCGAUCAGACGAAGGAGUUUAUCAAGAAGUGCGGAUACAACCACUUCCACAUCAACAUCACCGAGGAAGGUUUCUGUCGCGAUUCGAUCUUCUCCUUAACGGCCAAUUACAACAAUCGUGCUCUACCAUGUAGCUGUAACAUCAAUGGAUCCGUAAGCCUCGAGUGUGAAAAGUUCGGCGGACAAUGCCCGUGUAAGGCAAACAUUAUUGGGAGACGAUGCGAGAUCUGCAAAACCGGAUUCUAUGGUUUCCCCAACUGCAAACCUUGCAGCUGUCCCAGCACAGCCCUGUGUGAGCCAGAAACAGGUGCUUGUAGUUGCCCACCAAGGGUUAUCGGUGAACGUUGCGAUCAAUGCGAAGUGGGGACCUAUGGUUUCCAUCCGAUUGUCGGCUGCGAAGAAUGCAACUGUUCUCCUCUUGGUGUAAUCGACGGAGAUUUGCAAUGCGACUUCUUGAAUGGCAACUGCAAAUGUAAGGAGAACGUGGUGGGAAGACAAUGCGACAAGUGUCGAUCCGGAUAUUCCCAGUUCCCUCACUGUGAGAAAUGCGACUGCGACAUCAGGGGGACCACUGCGAAUAUCUGCGAUCAAUACACGGCAGAGUGCUUCUGUAAGGAAAAUGUCCAAGGAUUAGCGUGCGACGUGUGCAAGGAGGGUACCUUUAACAUUCAGGAGAACAAUCAGGAAGGUUGUACCAAGUGUUUCUGUUUUGGAAAAACCACCAGAUGUGCGUCAGCGAACUUGUACAGGGUGCAGGUGUCCGAUAUGACUAAUUGGGAAUUAUCUCUGUCUAAUGAGAAGAGUGGAAAUAUCACGUACUUGACAACCAUACCGCAAGAGUUCAAUUUGACGAGUAUCGCUAUUGGUCUCACCACUAACGACACCUUCGGAAAAGUCGUUUAUUUCUCGGCGCCGGAGACCUAUUUGUGGAAAAAGUUGACUUCCUACGGAGGUUUCCUGAAUUAUACCGUGUAUUAUAGCACCGGGCCGUUCGGCGAGGCAGUUAGCGCGGCUGACGUGAUACUUCAAGGUGCCGACACAACGUUGCUUCAUUACGCCGAAGAGCAGCCACCGUCGUUCACGAAUUUCGAUGCGUCUUUGGAAUUGAUCGAAACGAACUUUAUCACCGAGAAUCGUUUAAGCGCUACGAGGGAACAGCUGAUGGUGGUGCUGGAGGAUCUUCGAGGAAUAUACAUCCGAGCUACCUACUGGAACCCCAGUAUUACAGCCUCCUUGUCGCACGUGAUUAUGGACGUAGCUACAGAGACCUAUUCACCGCAGUAUAACGUUCCAGCCAGUGGCGUCGAGCAGUGCCAGUGUCCGCCGAAUUACGAAGGACUAUCGUGCGAAGAAUGUGCCCCAGGAUAUUACAGAGUAGAUUCUGGACCCCAUGGGGGUUAUUGCGUUGGUUGCGAGUGCAACGGGCACGCAGAUACUUGCGACGUGGAAACUGGCAUAUGCCUGGACUGCAAAGACGGCACGACGGGUGACCAUUGCGAACUCUGCAAGCAAGGCUACUACGGCAACGCUACCGGAGGAACUCCAACCGAUUGUCUGAUUUGUGCCUGUCCUCUGCCCUUCCCGUCCAACAAUUUCGCCACCGGUUGCGAGGUGAACGAGGAAGGAAAUAAAAUAAGCUGCGACUGUCUUGCCGGUUAUUAUGGGGCUCGUUGCGAGUCCUGCGUUUCCGGUUUCUACGGAAACCCCGAAGUUUACGGCGACUAUUGCAAGCCGUGCAAGUGUUCCGGCAACAUCGAUACCAACCAAGUCGGUUCCUGCGAUUCCAGGACCGGAGAGUGUUUACGUUGUUUGAACAACACUUACGGAGAAGCUUGUAAUCUGUGCGCGCCAGGAUUUUUCGGCGAUGCCGUUGAAAGAAAAGAUUGCCGCACCUGUUCGUGUAAAGAAUGCGGAAUGAAACACUGCGACAGUUACACCGGUCAAUGCUACUGUCACGAAAACGUGGUCGGAGAGCAAUGCGAUCGUUGCGCGGACGAUCACUAUGGCUACGACACGUGCGAAGGUUGCAAAGCGUGCGAUUGUGGAAUUGCCUCUGAAAGUAGUCAGUGCGACGAUGCGACGGGCCAAUGCCGAUGCAAACCUGGCGUCACUGGACGCAGAUGCGAUCAAUGUAUUUCAGGUUACUGGAAUUACGGGCCGGAAGGGUGUACCUCCUGCGAAUGUAACAUCGGGUACUCUGUCGGGGUGUCUUGUAACGCCACUACUGGACAGUGUAGUUGUCUACCGGGUGUCAUCGGGGAGAAAUGUGAUCAUUGCCCGUAUAGGAACGUGUUGAUUCCGGGGCAAGGUUGCUUCGCUUGCGACUCCUGUACUGGAAACUUGCUGGACGUCACGGAUGAAUUAUCGGAUUUGUUGAAUCCUGUUUUCACAGAGUUCAGCACAGUGGCUGAGAGCUACUUCACCAAUCAAAGACUGAAGUUCAUCAAUGACACGGUAAACGACUUGUAUCCUAAAGUGAAACUUCUGGACCCCAACAGAGUGAACUUCCUGCCGUUGCAGCAAGAGGUGAAGAGAUUGGAGACGGAGGUUUCGAAUCAGAAACGCGAGAUCGAUUAUACCGCGGAGGACAGCGAGAAAUGGAAGCUCGCGGCGGAGAAUACCUUGGUAAACAUGAAUCUUCUGGAGGAAGAUGUAAUCAAGGAGAUAGACUUAGUGAGAUCGACCGUUUCCGAGGUAGAAUCGUUAGCCUUGAACAUUGAAUUGGGCACUGGAGCCAAAGUGGACAGUGCCUUAAAAGAGGCUACAGACAUUCUGAAAAAGAUCAAAGGGGUAUCGUUCGUCGGUUUCCGGGACCGUGCAACGGAUCAAGCGGACCAGGCCAACAUUCUCGUGUCGGAAAUGAACGAGUACAACGUACCAGUCAGCAAUUUGUCCUCCAUCGCGGAUAAUCUGAGCAACAAGGUGAGGAACGUGUCGGACAAAAUGGACGAUCUUCUCGAAAUCACGUGGAAGGCUCAAGAGCUGGCUAGUGUCGUGGACAGAUUGAAUCAGGAAAACAGAAUCGCAGCUGAGACCGGCAACUUCGACACGGUGAAAAACUCCACCGCAGAGGCGAAGGAAGACUUAAUGGCCGGAGAGGAAUUGAACGGAAAUGCCAGCGAAUAUCUCCGCGACGCGGACCGUAACACGAAACUAUUGAGGGAAAACGUGAUAGACGAUUCUACGGAUACGUUAAAUAGAACGAUCGACGAAAACGACAAACUACUGGUGGUUCUAAUUAGUCCCGUGCAAAACGCGCACUACCACGCCGAACGUCUUUAUAAUCGUUCCUUGGAUCUGGACAGUAUUUUGACGGAUACGAGGAAUACCGAUGCCGUGAAAGCUGUUUCCGCCUACAGAAAUAUAGGAACGGCGAUCGAAGCUGCUCGUGAAGCUGCAGACGUCGCGAUUGUUGCGGCAAAUAACGCGACUAUCUUCUCGGACGGUAUCGACCAGAGGUUGCUGGAUUCGCGAAACGUGGCUGUGAAUUUGUUAGAAUCGGCCCAGAAUACACUGUCGAAGACAACGGGCAAACCCGAGGUGGAUUUGAGCGAUGCUCAAAUGCAUUCCACCAUGAUUUCCGAGCAGAAUAAACGCAACAAUGAGCUGUUGGAUUACAUCGACAAGAUUCUUGGUAAUAUCGAAGCCCCUUCUUCGACGGUGGCCCAAGACGCUAUGAAUCAGGUGAUAGAGGUGGAGAAAAAUAUCAAGCUUUCCGUCAAUAACACGAAUGCCGUUGAUCAAAUUCCGGAAGACUUGAAGAAAACGAAACAGCUAUCGAAAAACAUUUCGGAAUCGACUCGCGACAUAUCCCAGGCGAAGAAGCAAGUACUUGACAUCGUCGAUAAGUACCUGCCGAACAUUGCCAAAUUGUUGAGCGACUUGAACGCGAAUCAAAGGUCGAUAGAUACCAAUGGAAACGAUUUGAAGGGCAAGAUCGAGGCGUUAAAGAACAAAAUUGCGAACGCCAGGGAACUUGCGGAUCGUUACAAGGUCGGCUUGACCUUCUAUAGGAAUACCACACUGGAGUUGAAGAAUCCCGAGAACCUUCCUCUACUUGCCACGUCUUCCAAGAUAUCUUUGUACUUUAGAACGAACACGACAAACGGCUUUCUACUAUAUCUAGGAAACGAGGAAAACGCCAAAUUACCACGCUCGAAAACUCAUGAUUUCAUGGCACUGUUGAUCGAAAGCGGUUAUCCGGUACUCAUCGUCGAUUUCGGAUCCGGUCCCGAGAAGAUCAUCAACAAUAAAUUCGUAUCGGACAAUAAGUGGCGUCAAAUAAUCGUCGAGAGAACCGGAAACAACGUAAAACUAAUUGUGCGAGAAGAUAUCGGAGAAGGUAAAGAUCGACUUUACGAGAAAGGAUACGUGUUACCUGGCUCGCACACGAUAUUCGAUUUGGACCAGGAACAAUCGAAAUUAUUCGUAGGUGGUUAUCCACCGUCCUUUAACAUGCAGAACGCCGUCACUGCGUCCUCGUUCGAAGGUGAAAUGGAAGAACUUGUAAUAGGAGACGAUACGCCGGUCUCCUUCUGGAAUUUCAUCGACGGUGAAAAUAACGACAAGAUUGCCAUGGAAAGGGACAAAUUGAUCAACUUCCAACCCAGUACCGGUUACAGAUUCGACAAACACGGAUACGCUAUCUUAAGCAAGAGAGAUUUCCAGAUUUCACCGGACAGCAGAAAAUUCAGCAUUAAAUUAAACUUGAAGACGUUUGCGGAAAAUGGGCUGAUUUACCUAAUGGGUAAAGGUAAACAGUUCCUGGCUUUGGAAAUGAGGGACGGCCACGUAAUCUAUCAGUACGAUCUCGGUGAAGGUGGAACCAGCUUGAAAUCCUGGAACAAGUACAACGAUGGAAACUGGCACAACCUGGAAGCUCUCAGGUUCGAGAAGACGGGCGUUCUAAAGAUGGACGGCGUGGAUGUGGUGAAAAGCAAAGCGGAAGGAAAUACUAAGAACUUGGUGUCUUCGGAUAACAUUUAUUUCGGAGGAUAUCCACCGAAUGCUAAACAUCCCUAUGAGCCUGUGACUAACGAAGGUUUCGAAGGUUGCAUCGACGAUGUGGUUAUUCUAGAUACCAUAGUCGAUCUCACUCGCAACAUUCAGGCAUUUGGUGUGGUUCCUGCCUGUCCAGUACGGUUUGUAAGCUUGGUGUCUUUCGAGGAGAACGUAUCCGGCUAUGUAAGGUGGCACAACAUCUCCGUGCCGAACAGUCUUCAAGUGAACCUAAAGUUCAAGACUUUGGCAAACGACGGCUUGAUCUUCUACGUAACCGAUCAUGAGAAAGGUGUAGUUAGCUAUUUGUCGCUGAUCGACGGUGUUCUCGUCUUCAAUAGUCAGGGCCAUGAACUACGAACAACAUCCACGGGCAUCAAGUUCAACGACAACGAGUGGCACGUAGUCACGGCUACGCACUCAACCGAUUCUCUCAAGCUCGACAUCGAUGAUAUUAAGAAUUACAGUUCCGAUCUAGACGCACCCCUGCUCAACAUACCUUAUGGCAGUUUGUAUAUCGGUGGUUUACCGGCUGCCUUUGGUAUCCCUCCGACUGGCGCGAUGACGCCGUUUAUCGGUUGUAUCGGAGAUGCAACGUUGAACGGUGUCAUCGUUAAUUUCGCCAACACGACAGAAAGGCCUCACGCUCUCCUUGGAAAGUGCAAGCUGGGUGAUCCGUCGUCUGCACCAUCUAAACCUGAACCAGAACCGAACGUCCCGCCUCCACUGUUGCCCACGGAAAGUCCAGAUGACAAUGUCGAAGUAUCUACCCAGAUUAACAUCAUCGACGUUGAUAUCGAUAAGGAAACGGACGAGGAAGAACCUACGAUAGAAGGACGCGGCCAUCAUCACGAUGAUUUCGUUACAACCACAGAGGCUAGUACUUCCACUCAAAGAACCACGCCGUUGCACAUCGAUGAAUGUCGAUUACCAUAUUACCCGGCUACGGAUCCUGACAUGGAAAAUGCCUGGCGUUUCGGUACUGCGAGAAACAGCAGAUUAGAAUACAGAUCUCUAAACGGCAGAUACAAGAACGACUACGAUUUCCAAAUCGCUAUCAAAACGAUGGCUGACGAAGGAAUCAUUUUCUAUACGUCGGACCUUACCAAUCAGAAUUUGAUCGCUGUGUAUAUCAACGAAGGAAAGAUUUAUUACAAAUUUGAUUGUGGAAGUGGACCGGCUAUAUUAGUCAGCAAUAGAAAAAUAAACGACGAUGAAUGGCAUAUCGUGAUAUUUAAAAGACAAGGAAACCAUGGACAACUUAUCGUAGACGAAGAUGAUGCAGUUGCCGGAUAUUCUCAAGGAACAACGGAAACCAUGAAUGUUAGCCCGCCGUUCUACGUAGGAGGGGUGUCACAGGACAUGUCCAACAAAGUUCUUAAUACGAUCAGUAUGAAUCACACCUUCAAUGGAUGCUUAGGAAACUUCAUGGUAAAUGGUCAACCAGUUGGUGAGCCUAUAAAUAAAGUGGGUGUAAUUCCGUGUUCAAAACGAAUCGAACCGGGAUUGUUCUUCUAUCCGGGUAAUGGUAGUAAUCUGUUCAGAGCAGUGGAUAGGUUCACAGUUGGCAGAACAGUCGACAUCCAAAUGGACAUUAAACCGCGUUCCACUUCUGGUCAUCUGCUAUCUGUCCAUGGAAAACGGGAUUACUUGGUCCUAGAAAUGAUUAACGGGACGGUGAAGUUCCUUGUUAAAACGGCGAAAGGUUCGAUAGAAACUUCGUUUGAACCAACGAAGCCGAAUUCCUUGUGCGAUGGCAAUUGGCACAAUAUUCGAGCUGUUAAACAGAAGAAUGCCGUGCUCUUAUCAGUUGACUACAAAGCAGCUGAGCCAGGAAUCGGCGGGAAAAAUGUGGCGGGAGUUCUCUCGAAGCAUCCGAUCUUCAUCGGCGGUCAUCCGAUGCUUGGAAAAAGAUUACGUGGAAGUAGCUCGCAAGCACAAUACGUGGGGUGUAUCAGAAACAUUCAAAUCAAUAUGAGAGCUAUCCAAAUGAGUCCCGAACGUGCUUACGGACAAGUCCUUGCAGGAGUAUGCCCAACGAUAUAAGAAUCUCCAAGAACGUCAUUUAAAAGUGCACUUAAAAUCAAUUAACGUAACGUUGCCACUCUUCUUUGCAACCAUCUGCCAGUCAAUUUUCAAAUGUUGUUUUUUUAACCAAAAACGGAAUGACUUAUAUAUACAACGUUAUACGACGCCAGUUCAUUUUUUAAAUAAGAAAUGUUUAUUCUAGAAUUUUAAGUAUUUAAGAUAAUUGUUCGAGAAUAAUGGGAAAUAAGUUAAAAAUCAUCGGGCAUAAACAGCCAUAUCUCAGGGCCUAGCCACCAAUGUAUUCAAAUCUCGAGGGUACUAUUGAACAAUCGUAAUAUGCCUUCUAAUACAAAUUCUCGAGAAAUAUCGUGCAAAAGAAUAAAAUUUUCAAUAAGCGUA